AUGGAGACGGUGCUGCUGGAGCACUUCCCUGGGGGGCUGGACUCCUUCUCCUCGCCCCCCUACUUCGACGAGGAGGACUUUUUCGCCGAGCCGCCCCCUCGGGACGCGCUGGCCGCAGACGGGCUGCUGGAACCCGACGUGGACUUCCUCAGCCGGCAGCUGCAGGAGUACUACCGCGACGGCGGCGACCCUGAGGCCGGCUACCGCUGCCCGCCGCCGGCCUCCAGCUUCCCGCCGUCGCCCGCCUCGCCCGCCUUCGCCUACGAAUGCUGCGGGGCGGCGGGCGCGGCGCUGCUGUCCCCUGGGGGGCGGCUCCAGGCUCUGGGCUCGGCCAAGCGGCGGCGACGGGUGCGCUCCGAGGCGGAGCUGCAGCAGCUCCGGCAGGCCGCUAACGUGCGGGAGCGGCGGCGGAUGCAGUCCAUCAACGACGCCUUCGAGGGGCUGCGCUCGCACAUCCCCACCCUGCCCUACGAGAAGCGGCUCUCCAAGGUGGACACGCUCCGCCUGGCCAUCGGCUACAUCAACUUCCUCAGCGAGCUGGUGCAGUCCGAUCUGCCGCUGCGCAGCACCAGCAGCGAGAGCCCAAGCCAGCCCAAGAAAAUCAUCAUCUGCCACCGCGGCACAAGAUCUCCCUCCCCGAGCGACCCCGACUACGGACUCCCUCCUCUGGCCGGUCACUCGCUGUCGUGGACUGAUGAAAAGCAGCUCAAGGAACAAAACAUCAUCCGGACAGCCAAAGUGUGGACCCCCGAGGACCCACGAAAGGUGAACAACAAACCCUGCCUCAAAGACAUCGAGAACGAGCCCCCCUUCGACUUCGUGGCGUGA